AUGAACCACGAUAGCGUAGAUGACAUCGGAAAAGCUUCAACUUUGUUGCAAGCUCUUGUCAAAGACUUGCGUCAAAAUCAAAGCAAUGAGGAACGUGUGAUAGCUUUGGCUGAUCGUAUAACUAACUUGACGAACAGAAUGCAUCAAUUGUCGUUUGAUAGAACUGAAAAUAACGCAGCGUUGAUUCAGACUCACAGCUGCGCUGUCACAAUGUGGAAUAUUGCUGUGGCAAUGAAGACUGGUGGCGGACAAAGUGGAACAACUUACAACGCAAAAUUGCGGCAUGCAGCUUGUAAGCUGUCAUUUUUGGCUAAUGCUACUGAAACGAGUGAAGUCACCUUUAGGAAACAGUUAGUGAUGACCACAAAAACAGGGAGAGCUUGGCUGGAUUGUCAGAAUCCAACCAUGGCAGAGGAAUCGCUUGCCUUAGCAUCUGAGGCAACCACUCUGGAAUCAUUAGAAUUUUUUCUACUUUUUGCAAAGAGUAUUACCCUGGCAGAACUAUGCUACAACUUUGGUGUUGAUACAUACUACAGGGAGGAAUAUGACAGUUGUAUUGCCUGGCUCAGGAAAAGCUAUGAUCUUAGAAAAGGGAACAAUCCUUUUGGGGCUAAGAAAGAGCAGGCAACUACUCUGCGCCUUAUGGCUAACGCAUACCUUGACUGGGACUCUAAACAACACUGGCAGCUGGCUCUUAAUGCAGUUGAUCUUGCAAACUCUGAGUAUGCACAUCCAGCUGGUCUCUAUCUAAAGGCCAAGCUGCUUAUCAUGGGUGACGGAGAUGAAACUUGUCCAUCUUCGAGAUUGGAUUCAGUCUUUGAGGAAACUCUUCAGCAUCCUGACUUGAAGGUGGACCUUGGGUUGUGUGCAGUAAAUCUUGCUGUCCAACACAAAAGAAAACAAUCCUGUGACAUCAGGGUUAUAACUUAUUAUUAUGUUUUAACCGGCAGGAUAGAGUUGGCUUUUGACUGCUUGAAAAUACUGGCAUCUCGGUUCAAAAAUUCUCCUGACCUUUACAAAAUUCAGCUGGAGCACUUAGAACUUCUCCUAAAAAACAAGCAGGAUGAAGCUGCAAAAGAACUUAUUGAAAAGUGCAUCGUUGGUGAAUCAACUGGAAAAUCUCUUGAUUCUGAGAUGUGUCAAAGAUUCCACAUUACUUUAUGGGAAAAGGCUGCUGCUGCUUACGAGAGGAACAAAUGUUCCUGUUACAUGAAUCUUCAGGAUUACGAGAAGGCGAAAGAAGCUAUAGCAGAAGCCGAGCAAAGUGAUCCAGAAAGCCCAGUUAUUUACUUUUACAAGUUUAAAAUUGCCCUCAUGGAAGGAGAAGAUGACAUUGCUGUAGAUGCAAUGACAAAGAUGAGUGAAGUUGGCUCAAGGCAAGAUAAAAACAUCACAGAAACGGAUGCUCACGGGUUGAUGUGUCUUGCUGCGCAGUUGGCUCUAGAGCAAAAGAACCAUAAGGUAGCCGUCAGUGCGCUGGAAAAAGUUGUAGCUACAAGCAGUGACAAUCAACAAGUUCUUACGUCACUGAGGUACACUGAAGUAAAGAACUUACUCAAUUUUACCUUCUUGUGCCUGACAAGGUUGAAGCUUACAACGCAGUCCACAGAUUCAGGGAAAAGGAAAGAAGGCAGCAGUUUUCUUCGUUACCUAGAGAUCGAUGUGUUAAUGUUUUUUGUACUUAUUUGGUCAGCUCUGGGUCGUUUGAAUAAAAUGCAACAAGUGGGCAGUUCUAAUGUGCAAACAGAGGCCACCUGGUUUAUGAAAAUCGGUGAGCUUGUGAUACUGUUUUCUUGCUUCUGUCCCAUGGAAUCAACUAACUUGAUUCGUCAGAAAAAUUGCCUCGUUAUGGCAGCUGCAUCUGCAGUUCAAGCAGCAAGAGAACAAAGUAACAGAGAAGGGAAGAAUAAGCUAUUGAGGCAGUGUGUGGAACAUGUUGAGGCUUGCCGUGAUCUACGUAGAAAGAUAGGGAUUGGAGGGUCAAGCAGCAGUCAGAAAGAUGAGUCAGUGGUACUGUUGACAUUGUAUGAGUUCGAGGCAAAGGCACAAUUAGGCGAUUCAGACCUGUCCUUGUGUCUCGAUACUGCGGAGGCCCUGCCACAUGCUGAUGCUAGCACUUUCGAAACUCUUGCUGGUAAAUUUUCUUGCUUCUGUCCCAUGGAAUCAACUAACUUGAUUCGUCAGAAAAAUUGCCUCGUUAUGGCAGCUGCAUCUGCAGUUCAAGCAGCAAGAGAACAAAGUAACAGAGAAGGGAAGAAUAAGCUAUUGAGGCAGUGUGUGGAACAUGUUGAGGCUUGCCGUGAUCUACGUAGAAAGAUAGGGAUUGGAGGGUCAAGCAGCAGUCAGAAAGAUGAGUCAGUGUUACUGUUGACAUUGUAUGAGUUCGAGGCAAAGGCACAAUUAGGCGAUUCAGACCUGUCCUUGUGUCUCGAUACUGCGGAGGCCCUGCCACAUGCUGAUGCUAGCACUUUCGAAACUCUUGCUGCUCUCGCAGUUGAACCGCCUGCCUACUACAGAGAAAUAAGCAUGAGAGCUUUGAAAGUUUCUAUCAAGAAACAUCUUGCCAUGGAUGUAGUUGACUUCACUAAAUUAAGCAAAGCGUUUCACAGUCUUGUACAUCACGCAUUGAGUAGUGGUAGCAGCAGUGACGCUGAAAGUAAAGAAGAGGCCUUAGCUGUUUACCAAGACAUUUGUGAAAUCAUUGAGAACCAGGCCAAGGGUUGCUAUCCUGAGAUUCAAAUCUUAUGGCUGAUGACAAAAGCAUGGAACUGUGGGAUAAACCUAUUCAGGUAUGAUAUCCACGUAUACUUGAACCAAGGUAAUAAGAAAAUAAUGCCAACAUCAAAAACCAAAAGAGAAACAGAGUGGCGUAUCUGCUGAUAACUUAAGGCUAAUAUGA